CAUGGAUACAGGGCACGUCAACUGGAGGGCCUAAAAAAUCGCGUCGCAUUCAGAUCGGGCAAACAGGCUCGCAUUGAAACACGGCCAAUUCGCGCUGAACGCUGCUAUUUGCAACAUCCCUCAUCUACUUUCCGCGCGGGCGACCUACCUAAUCUCUAUUGGAUCGCAAUUUCCCGCUGGCAUUUCCGCUUGCAACAGCCCGACCAUGGCACCAUUAAUUCUACACAACGUGCCCGACGAGGAGCUCUAUGUGGGAGACGACGGCAUUCAGAGACCCUACGCAAUGGUCUUUCCACAACAAGACGGGUCGCUCCGAUCGAGGAAGGUGACCCACGAAACCGGUUCCUUCGGCAAGUCGACGCGCCGAACGAGAUCGAAGACGGCAACACCAGCUAGGCGAGAAGACCCUACGAUAGCUGCGGCGGACAAAGUUUUUGGCAGUUGGCUAGCGGCUCAGAAUCAGAAUGCGACACAAACAAACGCGCCAGCGGCAGGACAACGAAGACCGACCCUUAUACCUUCCACUUCCUCCCAAAACCUUCCCCAAGCCCAGGACGAGAACGCAGCGCCCUCACAAACCCGCUUCACCAAACAGCAGGUGCCUACCGAAGUAAUAUUGCGCGGGUACCGUUCAGCACAGCAACAAUAUGCAGCCCUCAACCACUACGAACAGCUCGCCGGCCGGGUAUGCGAAGACUACUCGCGCGAGCCCCCGAUAGAGAACCGGCGCUACAAGUCGGAGCUGCGCGACCCAGCCUUUACCCGCCGGCGGGCCUUGACUCCUGAAGAGCGCGCCAAGGUCAACAAGGCAGACAGCGGGCAGCACUGGGUGAAGGUGACGUUCGAGUCCGGCGAAGCGGCCGAUGCGGCCAUCUACGCCUCGCCGCAAAAGAUCCUCGGUCAUCUCGUCUACGCCGAGCCAUAUCACGGCAUCCCUCCCUUGCGAGACGAAGCUAUCCCCGACCCCUCCACGAUGGGCAGCGGGCCGCUGCGGACCCCCUCUAACCUACAACACCCCCGAACCCAAUUCGGCUUCGGCACGCAACAAUCCGGCGGCUUCGAAUGGUCCCCUCCGCAGUCGCAGACUUCGUCGUCACUCACCGCCGAUACCAGGACCGUGGCUUCCUCGGCCGACGCUACUGCUUCCUCGAGCACAGUCACGGGGAGAGCGCCGGGUCCCGCCAACGACGGCAGCGCGGGGCUUACACCAGUAACGCAGGAGAACCCCGACGAUGCGUUUUGCAGGGCCAUCCCCACAGUGCGCAAGGCUAAGCUCCUGCCCAUGGAACAGGCCCUGCUGCCCGCCCCGUCGUUCACGCAGCGCAUCGGAAACCAUAUCCCGUUCCUCCAGUGGUUCAAUGGCGCCAUGAUCGGGAGCGAGGUGCCGCGCACCGAGCUGGGCGAGUUUGACUGGAACAAGGCCAGUCUGUAUUGGAAGCUGAUGUGGUGGCUGGACUUCCUGCUAGGGCUUUUUGGAGGGGAAAUUCGGGAAGCCAACAAGGAUGACUGAAGCAAGCAGACUGUUUUUGUCUUGUAGGUAAUAACCAUGGCGCUCUCUCGGGGG